UCUUAGCCCAUUUCCUAGCUUCUUUAUACCCUUCUUAUUUUCACCCCUUUAUAAAUCUCUCAAAACAACAGAUCAAAGAUAUAUAAUGGAGUCAAACCAAGAAGUGGAUUCUCCAAACCAUGCCAAUAUCCACAACAAUAUGAUAUCCACUUCUUCUGCAGCUAAUAAUUACUUAGCUUCAUCUUCUUCUUCUUCUCCAACAACCCUAAGCCGAUAUGAAAACCAAAAACGCAGAGAUUGGAACACUUUUGGCCAAUACUUAAGAAACCAUAGACCACCUCUUACUCUUACUCGUUGCAGUGGUGCACAUGUUCUUGAAUUCCUUCGAUACCUCGAUCAGUUCGGAAAAACUAAGGUUCAUACUCAACUCUGUCCUUUUUACGGACACCCAAAUCCACCAGCACCUUGUCCUUGUCCUUUACGUCAAGCUUGGGGUUCACUUGAUGCACUAAUUGGUAGACUUAGAGCUGCUUAUGAAGAAAAUGGUGGAAAACCCGAAACUAACCCUUUUGGUGCUCGUGCUGUUAGGCUUUAUCUUCGUGAAGUUCGUGAUUCUCAAGCUAAAGCUAGAGGUAUAAGUUAUGAAAAGAAGAAACGCAAGAAACCAACUUCGUCUCAACAACAACAACAACAACAAUCUUCUGCUGCAUUUCCACUUCCUACUUCGACUUCAAGCUAAUAAUAUAUCGGAAAAACAGCCUCUCUGCCUUUACAAGGUAGAGAUAAGACUCCGUACACACUACCAUAUUCCACUUAUCGGAUUACACUAAGUCUGUUGUUGUUAUUGUUGUCGUAAGGUAUGGUAUGUUCUAUUUCUAGCUAUUUUAACAAUUGGAAUUUGGAACCCUUUCUCAAGUUACUAUUUAUGGAAAUUGAAACACUGAUCUUGAUCAGUACUUUUUUUAGCUAA